GCAGUGGCCGCGGUGGCGGCGGCGCAAGAGAGCUGAGGGUGGUGUGAGGGUUUGGAAUUCCCGGUCAAGCAGCUAGGCCGCGAGCGACUGCAGCGCCGAGCCGAUGAGUAACUCGAGGUCCCAAGAGGAGCCGUCACCUGCCAGAGGGCACGUCUAGCACAGCCAGCAUCAAACCAGGCCUGCUGAGAGGAGCCCAAGUCUGCGCCCUCGCGGCGCUGAGAGCGUCAGCGCCAUGUUCGGGAAGAAGAAGAAGAGGGUCGAGAUCUCCGCGCCAUCCAACUUUGAGCACCGCGUGCACACAGGCUUCGACCAGCACGAGCAGAAGUUCACGGGGCUGCCCCGCCAAUGGCAGAGCCUGAUUGAGGAGUCGGCUCGCCGGCCCAAGCCCCUUGUGGACCCUGCCUGCAUCACCUCCAUCCAGCCCGGGGCCCCCAAGACCAUCGUGCGGGGCAGCAAAGGCGCCAAGGAUGGGGCCCUCACGCUGCUACUCGACGAGUUUGAGAACAUGUCGGUGACGCGCUCCAACUCCCUGCGGAGAGACAGCCCCCCGCCACCUGCCCGUGCCCGCCAGGAAAACGGGAUGCCCGCAGAGCCAGCCAGAGCAGCCCCAGAGAAGGCGGGCAGCCAAGGCCGGGGUGCCGGUCGCAGCGAGGCGGGUGGCAGCAGUGGUGACAGGCGGCGGGUGGGGCCAGAGAAGAGGCCCAAGUCUUCCAGGGAGGGCUCAGGAGGACCCCAGGAGUCCUCCCGGGACAAACGCCCCCUCUCUGGGCCCGACGUCGGCACCCCGCAACCUGCCGGUCUGGCUGGCGGGGCCAAAGCGGCAGCUGGUCGGCCCUUUAACACGUACCCGAGGGCUGACACGGACCACCCGGCCCGGGGUGUCCAGGGGGAGCCUCAUAGCCUGGCCCCCAACGGGCCAUCGGCCGGGGGCCUGGCGGUCCCCCAGUCCUCCUCCUCCUCCCGGCCUCCCACCCGAGCCCGUGGACCCCCCAGCCCAGGAGUGCUGGGGCCCCAUGCCUCUGAGCCCCAGCUGGCUCCUCCAGCCCGCCCUGUCGCUGCCCCUACCCCUGCUGGGCCCCCGGCCCCCGGGCCCCCCGGGCCCCGCUCGCCACAGCGGGAACCCCAGCGAGUGUCACACGAGCAGUUCCGGGCUGCCUUGCAGCUGGUAGUGGACCCUGGCGACCCUCGCUCCUACCUGGACAACUUCAUCAAGAUCGGCGAGGGCUCCACGGGCAUCGUGUGCAUCGCCACCGUGCGCAGCUCAGGCAGGCUGGUGGCGGUCAAGAAGAUGGACCUGCGCAAGCAGCAGAGGCGCGAGCUCCUCUUCAAUGAGGUGGUGAUCAUGCGGGACUACCAGCACGAGAACGUGGUGGAGAUGUACAACAGCUACCUGGUCGGGGACGAGCUCUGGGUGGUCAUGGAGUUUCUGGAGGGCGGCGCCCUCACCGACAUCGUCACUCACACCAGGAUGAACGAGGAGCAGAUCGCCGCCGUGUGCCUGGCCGUGCUUCAGGCCCUGGCCGUGCUCCAUGCACAGGGAGUUAUCCACCGCGACAUCAAGAGCGACUCCAUCCUGCUGACCCACGACGGCAGGGUGAAGCUCUCGGACUUCGGGUUCUGCGCCCAAGUCAGCAAGGAGGUACCACGGAGGAAGUCCCUGGUUGGCACGCCCUACUGGAUGGCCCCAGAGCUCAUCUCUCGCCUUCCCUAUGGGCCAGAGGUAGACAUCUGGUCUCUGGGGGUGAUGGUGAUCGAGAUGGUGGAUGGGGAGCCCCCCUACUUCAACGAGCCUCCCCUCAAAGCCAUGAAGAUGAUUCGGGACAACUUGCCACCUCGACUGAAAAACUUGCACAAGGUGUCACCCUCCCUGAAGGGCUUCCUGGACCGCCUGCUGGUGCGUGACCCAGCCCAGCGGGCCACAGCGGCUGAGCUGCUCAAGCACCCGUUCCUGGCCAAAGCGGGCCCGCCCGCCAGCAUCGUGCCCCUCAUGCGCCAGAACCGCACCAGAUGAGGCCCAGUGCCCUGUCCCUGAACCAAAGAGCCCCUUGGGUCACCCCUGUCCCACCACGGGCCAGUCGGGGGGAGGCCCCCACUCCUCCCCACCCAGGAGACACUCCAUGUGGCACCGCCCUCCUUGUCGGCGGUCGGGGAGCGUGCAGGACCCUACUACUGAACUCCAGGUUUGAUUUUGUGACUUUAAAAAAAAACAAAACAAAACACAGGGACUCGCGGGAGCAAGUGAGGGUUCCCAGCCUCCCCACCCUCCGGGAUGGUCCCUCCCUGUGUCUUCCUAUCUUCCAGGAAGGACAGACAGCCCCCCUAUCACUGGAAAUCAUCUGCAGUGGGGGCUGCUGUGGUGGAGAGAACACUACGAGAGGCGUGCGCGUGUGUGUGUACGUGCGUGCGUGCACGUGUGUGUGUGCGCACGCAUGUGUGCACAUACACCCAUGCAGAUGGUCCAGCUGCUCUGUCCUCCAGCCUGUGAGUGGGUGUCUCUAAGGCCUUGCCUGACAUACAGCGCAGCCUCCUGCCCCCCCCCCGAGCCAUUGCGGGGGUCGAUCAUGAAUGUCUGAAGAGUGGCCUUUUCCCUGAGUCCUGCACCCCCUCUCGGUGGCUUGCUGGGGAGACGGGGGUCAGGGCUUCCUGCCCAUCCCCAGCCUCUGCAGAUGACUACUGCACCUGGACAGCCUCCUCUUUUCUAGAAGUCUAUUUAUAUUGUCAUUUUAUAACACUAGCCCCUGUCCCAACCUGGGGACAGAUGGUCCCUGCCCCUUGGGGCGGCACCAGGGACAGAACCACUGCUUGAAGAAUCAGGUUCCCAGCCCUUUGGUGCGGCCCCACUCUCCCCUCCCCUCCCUCAAGUUAGUUUUACA